CCCCAAAAGUGCCGCAAACUGUAACCAAUCGGAUCCCCCGAAUCUGGAAUCGGGCAUUUCGAGAGAAAGAUUUCUGUGUGCUUCCCCUUUGAGGGGCCUCGUGGAGAUCACCAUGGAACUCUUCUCCAAAACUCCAAAGGGGAUAAGAAAGACAACCGGGUAUAUAAAUACUGCCGAAAAUAGGUUAUCAAUAAAACAAAAGAACUGUAAACGCAGUUGAGGUUACGGAGAAAUAGAUAAGAGGGGGAGAGGUCAGUUACCGCCGCUGAGGGGGGAAACGAUAAGCAUGUUUUUGGGUGGAGGCAGAGGGAUGGGCGGAAUUGGCGGCGGCGGAGUUAGCGGCGGCGGGGGGAACAUGAUGAGAGGUCUUGGGAGAGCGGUUACUCGGGCUGGAGUGGCCGGUGACCCCAUUUCACCGACGUCCGCCCCCAAUUCCCCUGCUCCAGCGGCGGCGGCGGCGAGCCCGUCCUCCAGGCAGGCCCGGAAGCCGACGGCUUCCGGAUCCGGAUCCGGACCCGGGUCGGGUCUUACUUUGUCGGCCGGUCCCGGCGGAGCGCUUCCGAUUGGCUGGACUACUUCGGCUCUGGCUGCUCCCUACGGCUCCCCGUUCGACGAGUACGGCAGGGACUGGGAGUGGGUUUCCGCCGACGGGAGCUCUUCCGACGACAAGGAGGUUAUCUAUGGGCUGACCGACGAGUACUUGGCACUCGCCCCGCCGCCGUCGGCGGACGAAGUUCACACAGCUGUCGAUGAACUCUCCGAGUUUGUUGGUUCUGGACGGUACAGGAGUCUAAUUCGUGAUAGGUAUGGGAACGAGAGGAUGGACGACGAGAUUUGGUGGAGCCCUAAGUUUGCUUCUUCUUCUUCUUCAAUUGGAUUAGAGCUGGACUGGAAGGAGCCAUCUCCAAACCUCAGCGGAAUCUCUCGGCCUUAUUAUGGGACUGAUGCAGUUUACAGGGCAUUCCAUUUGCUGCAGAGUGAUCAAUCCGUUCAGAGAAUGGUGACUUCUUUGUCUUCUGAUGCUGCCAUAUGGGAUGCUGUUAUUAACAACGAGGUGGUUCGAGAGCUGAGGCAGGCUUAUGAUCGAGAUGAAAACAGCAACGCGAAUUCAAUGAGCCAGGAGAGUGCAAGCGGCGACGAGACUGUGAGUUAUGGCGACGAGGACGUCGUUGGAAACAAAUUUGUGAAGUGGAUCCUCGACAAUGUGAAAGCGAGGGUGGUGGCGCUGAUCGAGAGCUUAUCGGAGCUGGUGAACAAGGUGGUCGUGCCUCGUGGUGAAGAUGGUGGUGGCCGUGUCGGGGAAGGAGCGGCGGGCAUGGCAGCAUUUGAAGGGAAGGUUGUGACUUCGUUAUUGUUAUCUGUCGUUGUGAUGCUGGUUGUGGUAGUGAGCCGAUCCCAAAAGGCUUAGAUCUUCAAAUUCGUCGAUCAAACAUAAUGUUUUUUUUCUUGCUAAAGAUCAAUUAUAUCAGUUUAUGUAGUGCGGUUAUCUUUUACAUCAAAAUAUUCAUGUAUCGCCAUUAGUUAAAUCUGUCGGGAUGGCAAUGGGUCGGGUUGGGGUCGGUUAGUGCAUAUCCGUUACCCUAUCCAAAGUAGUUCGGGUUUUACCCAUACCCAUACCCACAUGUAAAACGGGUAGAAAAUUAAAACCAUGCCAUACCCGUUCGGGUUUCGGGUAUUCACGGUUAUCCAUGGGUAAUAAUUUCUCUUCAUAACUCCAACCAAUAUUUUUUCUUUUUACAAGAACAUAAACUUUCUUUUUUCUGUUUUGUUGUUUUAUUUAUCAAAAAAUCUAGAAACUAUAAAAAUAAUUAGAUAAAAGAGUUUCGAUCUUGUCAACUGAUAGUGAAAAAAUAAAAUCCGGAUAAAUACCAAUACCUAUUACAGGCAGAAGGAGAGAGAUGGAAACAAAUAGCUCCCGGGGCCCAGCAUCAAAAAAAUAAGAGUUUGGGGCAGUAAACAACUUGUAUCCAUAGAACAUCUGGCGUAGCAUAGAUAAUAAAUAAAUAGGAGUUAAUAUCAUUCCAACUGCCAUUACGAAAGUAAUUAGUAUUUUUGAUAUUAAAAGAUAUUUUGGUCCGGUAAUUAUUCCAAAGAAUAUUAUCAAUUCGGCAAAAAAACCACUCAUGCCCGGUAAUGCGAGCGAAGCUAGUGAUAAGAUACUGAACAUCGUAAAUAUCUUUGGCAUUGGGGCCGCCAGCCCCCCCAUUUCGUCAAGGUAGGCGAGACGUAUUCUAUCAUAACCCGUUCCCGCUAAGAAAAAAAGUGCAGCGCCAAUAAAUCCAUGCGAUACUAUUUGUAAAACGGCCCCAUUGAGGCCCAUAUCGCUUAUAGAGCUAAUUCCUAUAAUUAGGAAACCCAUAUGAGACACAGAUGAAUAGGCUAUUCUCUUUUUUAAAUUUCGUUGACCAGGAGAUGUUGAAGCUGCAUAGAUUAUUUGGAUUGCGCCUACUAUUAUUAAGUAGGGGGAAAAUAUAGAAUGUGCGCGGGGCAAUAAUUCCAUAUUGAUUCGAAUCAAUCCAUACGCUCCCAUUUUUAAUAAGAUUCCUGCUAGAAGCAUACAAGUACUGUAAUGCGCUUCUCCAUGGGUGUCUGGUAACCAUGUAUGAAAGGGUAUAAUCGGCAAUUUGACAGCAAAAGCAAUAAGAAAUACAAUAUAGAAUAAUAUUUCCAGAGCCGCAGGAUAUGAUUGAUUGGCUGAUGUUUCAAAAUUAAAUGUUGGCUGAUUGGAACCAUAUAAAGCGAUACCCAAAGCUCCUAUUAAUAAAAAAAUGGAACUUCCUGCAGUAUAUAAAAUAAACUUUGUAGCGGAAUACAGACGUUUUUUUCCUCCCCACAUAGAUAGAAGUACAUAAACAGGAAUUAAUUCUAACUCCCACAUAAUGAAAAAAAGUAAAAGAUCUUGAGAAGAAAAUAAUCCUAUUUGACCGCUAUACAUUGCUAACAUCAGAAAAUGAAAUAAUCGGGAAUCCCGAGUAACCGGCCAAGCGGCUAAAGUAGCCAAAGUCGUGAUAAAUCCUGUCAAUAAAAUCGGUGCUAUAGAAAGUCCAUCUAUUCCCAAUCUCCAGUAAAAAUCAAAAAAUUGGAUCCAUUUAUAAUUUUCUGUUAAUUGGCUUAAUGGAUCGUUCAAUUGGAAAUAAUAAACAAAUGCAUAGGUCAUUAAAAGAAAUUCUAAGAUACAUAUAUAUAAAGUAUACCACCUAAUUACCUUAUUUCCUUUAUGAGGGAAAAGGAAAAUUAAGGAACCCGCGGAUAUCGGUAAAACUACGAAUAUUGUUAACCAAGGAAAAGAAUUCGUGGUAAAGACAAGAUACACUUAGCCCAGAAAACCCGUGCUCGAAAGAAUAUAGAUUCUGGUUUCGAGCACAGGUUUUUGUCGGUAAACAAAAAAUGAAAUAUCUUCAAGUGGGUUUUUCUGGAAAUUCUUAAUAAGCUAGACCCAUGCUUCGGGUUGUUUCAUGCCAUAAAUAAACUCGAACACUCAAGAAAUCCGUCGGGCAGGCGGACUCACAUCUCUUACAACCGACACAGUCCUCUGUUCGUGGAGCCGAAGCAAUUUGCUUCGCUUUACAUCCGUCCCAAGGUAUCAUUUCUAAUACAUCUGUGGGGCAGGCCCGGACACAUUGAGUACACCCUAUACAUGUAUCAUAAAUCUUUACUGAGUGUGACAUUGGAUCUCUAAUUUUUUUUUGAAUGCCAUCAAUUUUCGAUCUAGUAGAUUUCUAAAUGAAUCCUAUAUUUACACACUAGAUGAAGCAAUAAUUUAGCAGAAUCUUUCUAUUCAAUUCCGAAUUAACUCAUGAGAUAGACUUGAAUUUCUUAUAUUUUUGGAAACAUGAUCACAUAGCUUAUAUAUCAUACAUGCCACUUCAAAUUGAUGAAUAUCAUAUUUUAUAUGAUUAGUACUACUUAUUCAACAAAUUCGAUUGAUUGAUACGGGUAGAUUUUCUGUUACGAUAAAUUGACGAAACAAUAGCCAGUCCAAUAGCUGCUUCGGCGGCUGCAAUAGCUAUAACAAAAAUUGAGAAAAUAUUUCCUUUUAAUUGGCGAUUAUCAAAAAAAUCAGAAAAUGUUAUGAAAUUUAUAUUAACUGCAUUCAAUAGAAGUUCAAGACACAUAAGGGCCCUAACCAUAUUUCGACUCGUGACCAAUCCAUAGAUACCAAUAGAAAAUAAAUAGGCACUCAAAACAAGUACAUGUUCGAGCAUUAUCCACCAACUCCUUAUCUAUUUCGGUUUAUUUCAAUAUGAACAAAAAUUGAACGGCAACUAGGCAACUAAUUGGGUUAAUAAUAUUGAAAAUGUAGAACAAAGAAAUAUAUUCGUACUAGAUCUACUAAAAGAAUUUAUACAGAAAAAAUUUUCAAAUAGAAUUGAAAGAAAAUGAAUGUAAUAACUUAGAAAAAAAAAUGGUUGAUUGCUAAUUCUAUAAAUUCCCUACUGACGAGCCACAGCAAUCGCACCUAUCAAAGCAACUAGCAGAAUUAUUGAAAUGAAUUCAAAUGGAAGAAAAAAAUCUGUUGACAAAUGAAUUCCAAUUUGUUGACCAUUGCUUGUCAAAUCUUGCUCUAGAAUCUGGUUUGUUCUUGUAGUCCAAAUAAUCGCAUACCAGGACGUAUCCGAAAUAAUAGUAAUUAGCGAAAUAAAAAUACUUGUACAAAUUAAGGAAGUAAUCCCGUCCCCAACAGUCCAAAGGUUCCAAUCGUUGGAAUAUUCUGAACCAUUCAUGAACAUCACAGCAAAUAGAAUUAAAACAUUUAUAGCUCCCACAUAAAUAAGGAGUUGUGCAGCAGCUACAAAGUGAGAGUUUGAUAAAAUAUAGAAUAAGGAUAUACAAACAAGAACCAAUCCCAAAGAAAAGGCAGAAUAAAUUGGGUUGGUAAGUAAUACCACUCCUAGACCUCCUAAUAUAAGAACUAAUCCUAGAGAGACUAAAAGAAAAUCAUGUAUUGAGCCCGGCAAAUCCAUUGCACGUUAAAAUACGCGAUCAAAAAAUCGAGUUAUUUUUUCAUAAUUUUAUUGAUCCGACCAGGAACAACUUUUUUCUAAUUGGUUUCGAUUUGAAUUAAACUCCGACGGAUGUAAAUUACAGUAGCUAGAACUAUUAGAUGAAUUUCCUUCUUAAUAAAAAAAAAUUCAACAUCCGAAAUUUCAAUUUCGAAAGAAUAUACAUAGAAUUCAUACUUACGUCUAUAAUCUAUUUUGAAUUCAAAACAUAGGAUUCUUCCCAAUAAAUUAAAAUAAUGGUUGGGAUUUCUAGUUUUUGUAAUUAUUGACCAGGAAAAAUGAAACAAACUCUAUUCGCCCCCUUCUAGUUAUAGAUCCAAUUAAAAUGGAAUUGGAAUUUAUCAAAAAACUUUAACUAAUUUUGUUCGGUGAAUUCAAAAUUGUUCGAAUUGUAUAAUCGUCAAUUACUGGCAUCGGUAAACGCCCUAAAGCGAUUUGAUUAUAAUUCAAUUCGUGACGAUCAUAAGUAGAAAGCUCAUAUUCUUCGGUCAUUGAUAAGCAAUUCGUUGGACAAUACUCAACGCAAUUUCCACAAAAAAUACAGAUUCCAAAAUCAAUACUGUAAUUAAGUAACCGUUUCUUUCGAAUGUCAGUUUCUAGAUUCCAAUCAACAACGGGUAAAUUUAUAGGGCAUACACGAACACAUACUUCACAAGCAAUGCAUUUAUCAAAUUCAAAGUGGAUUCGGCCCCGGAAACGCUCAGCUGUAAUUAAUUUUUCAUAAGGAUAUUGAAUAGUUACAGGUAAACGAUUUGCGUGAGAUAAGGUAAUCAUGAAACUUUGACCAAUGUAUCUUGCAGCUCGGAUGGUUUGUUGACCAUAAUUCAUGAACCCGGUUAUCAUGGGGAACAUAUCUGUAAUAUCAAUGAAUAAUUUUCUUUCUCUUGUUUGAGAUAAGUCGUGAAUGUCAAAAAGUAUUCCUUUUUUUCUUUUUAUAGUGAAAGGAGUUGGGAAGAGGUUGUUAAUAAUAGAUUACCGAGAGAGAUAGGUAAAAGAAAUUUCCAUCCAAGAUUUAAUAGUUGAUCCAUUCUUAGUCUAGGUAAAGUCCAUCUUGUUGUGAUAGAGAUGAACAAGAACAAAUAAGUUUUAACCAAUGUACUAAAGAUACCAAUUGUUAUUCCAAAGACUCUACCCACGUUAUUUAUUUCCAAAAAUUCAGUCAUGAAUAUGUACGGAAUAAAGAUAUUCCAACCGCCCAAGUAAAGAACUGUUACAAAUAAUGAAGAAACUAAUAAGUUUAGAUAGGAAGCAACAUAAAAUAAACCAAAUUUGAUACCCGAGUAUUCCGUUUGAUAACCUGCUACUAAUUCUUCUUCUGCUUCUGGUAAAUCAAAAGGCAAUCUCUCGCAUUCUGCUAGGGAAGAGAUUAAAAAAAUGAUAAAUCCUAUAGGUUGACGCCACAAAUUCCAACCCCAAAAAUCAUAUUUUGAUUGUGCCUCAACUAUAUCAACUGUACUUGAACUGUUAGAUAAUCAUAGUCGGUGAUAAUAUCACUAUUCCCAUCGCUAUUACAGAACCGUACAUGAGAUUUUCACCUCAUACGGCUCCUAGAAGGCCAUAAAAAAAUAUAAAUCGGAUCAGAUUCUUUUUCUUUAUCUUGUAUCUUGAUCUGUUUGUACGAUAGAUAGGAAAAAAUCUAUCGGACAUUCCAAAAUUCGACCAAUGAAAUUCUGUCGGUUAGAAUAACUUCUGAAUUGAUCUCAUCCUCUAAGAUAAGAAUUUCAUUGUAAUAUGUUUUUCUUUCUUGAGUAAUAACUUAAAUCCUUCAAUAAAAUACUCCUUGUAGCAAUAUCAAUAGCUAUCUCAACUUAUGGUUUUCA